AUGUCCUUCGCCCCGUCGACGUCCGCGGUGUCGCGAUGCGCGGCGAGAACGAGCGACGCGCGACGACGCACGCGUUCCGCCAAGACGCACCGCGCGCGCGCCACCGCGAACGAGGCCGAGGUUCCCGAGGACGUGCGACCGCACUGGGCGGCGUGUCGAGCGUUUUUACGAACAGCGCUCGCGCUGACGGAUGACGAGGCGGACGUCGCGAUCGCCCGAGCGUACGCGUGGCGCGGACAGACGUACUGGAGAAACGCGAAGGAUAAGGAGACGCCGAACGUGGAUGAUUUACGAGCGCGCGUGGACUUCUUGAACUCGGUGGGCGUCGACGCGGAGGGCGCGUCGGAGGUGGCGAAGAAGCAACCGGAAAUCUUAGGGUGCGACGUCGAGCAAUUGACCUCGGCGGUGGAGCACAUCGAGAAGAAUUACUUUAUGAAGAGGAACACGAAGAAUUUUAAGGCGUACAUCAAGCGCGUGCCGCAGGCGUUGGGGAAUAAUCUCGACUGCGCCGCCGAGGGACUGAACUGCGCCGGGUUGUGUAAUCGCUGUUGGGCGCGGUGCUGA